AUGAACAAAUUAGUCAAGGAAUUCGAGAAUCCAACGUGGUCCGAUAUUUCUACGCAACUUCUCAAGAAUCCUUAUAAUUUAAAACUUUGGGAGAAGCUUGUCGAGGCAGCAGAAAGUAAUAAUGGAAACCGAAUAAAUAAGAUUAGCUCUCGGCAAGAAGUCGAUUUACUUCGUGCAUCAUAUGAGAACUUACUCAAUAAAUACCCGCUAUUAGUUAAUUAUUGGAUAAGAUAUGCUGAAUGGGAAUUCAAAUUAGGAAAUACUCAAAUAGCGAAUGAAAUUUAUGAGAAGAGCUUGUUAAAUUUAUCGUACUCGAUUGAGUUAUGGAUCAGUUACUUGAAUUUUAAAAUAAAGACCAUUGAUUCGGACGUGAAAAAAGUGCUCAGUGUGUUUGAGUCAGCUAGAAGUAAGAUUGGAUACCACUUUCAUUCGCAUGAAUUCUAUAGUUUAUAUUUGUCGUUUUUGCAGAAUUAUGCAAACGAUCACAAUGGAUUCAAGUUGAAGUAUUAUGUAUUGUUACGUAUAAUUAUUGAAAUCCCAAUUUACCAUUAUGGUAUAUUUUUCAAAAAACUAUUCACUGCUAUUAAUGAAAAGAAUUUGACCAUGGAAGUGGUAGGUUACUUAGUACCUGAAAAAGAAUUGCCCCAGUUUACAAAUAUAAAAGAUAUGAAAACCGUUUCAUUGAAAUUAAAAAAGAUAUUCACCGAUGUCCUUAUUACUACCCAGUAUAAAGUUUUCCAAGUAUUUUAUUUUGAGAAAAAAAUCACCAGACCCUAUUAUGAUGUUUCAUAUUUGUCAAACCAGGAGAUAACUAACUGGAACAAUUACUUAAACUUCAUUGAAUUGAAUUACCCUUUAGACUAUGUUAUUCUAAGUUACGAAAGAUGUGUACUAACUGCUGCUAACUAUUCCAGAUUUUGGAUUAGGUACGCUAAUUUCUUCAUAAACUCAAUGAACUAUACGAUAGCAAAAGAAAUAUUACAUAGAGGUUUAAACUUUGAUAAUAGUUAUAAGCUUCUUAUCAAAUUAGUCGAUUUAGAACUUUUUACAGGAGAUUAUUUAAAAGCAAGAGAUCUAAUACUAUCGCAUGUUAAAGCAAACAAGCUCAUUCCAAUCAAAGUGUACGAGAAGAUGAUUAGUAUCGAAAGAUUAAUGAAUCCAACAGAUGAUGAAUAUUUGGUUAAUUUAGUUUCAGAGAUAAUCAAGCAAACUAAUAAUGCAUGGUUUUUUAAAGUGAUUUUAAGUUACCUGUUAUCUAGUCAAGUUACUUUGCAAUUAUUCGAAAGUUUUGAAAGUUCUUUUAAAAGUUCUUUCAUAUAUUGGUCUUCGUGGCUAUUCUUCAAUAAAAAAAUUGAUGCUGAUAAUGCUGCAAUUCUUGCUAAAAGCUUACAAUUUUUGAACGAUGAUGAUAAAUUAAAAAUAAAUAAAAUAAAUAAUUACAAGAAAAUUGCGUCACCGAGAUUUGACGAGGAGUAUGAUACACUUUUGGAUUCAUUUGCAUAA